AUGUCCAUAGUAACUAUCGCCGUACACUCCGGCUCGGGCCGUCACGUCGCAGCCCUCACGAUUCCGCAAGCCGAACGCGCCCUCCUGUUUACAACCAUCUCCUUCAUCCCGGGUAUCCUAUCCUACACACUCCCCAAAUUUGCGGUCGUGAUCCUCAUCAAAGACCUCCUCCGCCCGUCCCGCAGACAUGAGAUAGCUAUUUGGGCUCUGGCCGGCGUCAAUGUUGUGUUGAUCGUACUGUGCAUCACCUUCGUGUACGUGCAGUGCGAUCCGCCUCGCGUUCUUUGGACGAUCGGACUCACUGCCCGGUGCUGGGACCCCGUCGUUUUGAUUGCGACUAGCAUCGCGGGAGCAGCGAGCUCCGCAUUGUUUGACUUCUGGUUGGCGCUUUAUCCGGCUGCGGUGCUGUGGAGGAUGCCGAUUAAUCUGAGAAAGAAGAUUGCGAUGAGUACGGCGUUGGGGUUUGGGGUUUGCGCCGGCAGUGUGGCAGUGUAUAAGGCCACUACAUUCGUUGGAGACUGGAGCGACUUCACCUACGCUGCCGUGAAUCUCGUCAUCUGGACCAGCAUUGAAGCAAACUCCGUCAUCAUCUCAGCCUGCAUUCCCAUGCUCCUGCCCCUGGUGGAACUCAUCUUUGGCAAGAACUUCCUAAGUAGUGCCAAGCCUCGACUCCGCGCGAUCCAGACGUCCUCUGAACUCGAGAAUAAUCCUAGUAAUGUUGAAUUGGGGACAGAGGCCGGAGCGACGGAGAGGGAGGAUUGGCAACAACAGUUUCAAGGUGCCGGCAUGUUUUCUGAGGAUUCAGCUCAUGGCUCCGAGCGGAGCGGUAAAUCAGACGUGUAG